AUGCAUAAGGAAUCAAGAAUUUUAAUACUUUUACUGUUCUUCACAAGUUCAAUUUCAGCUGAAGAGCUCAAGUGUAAAUAUUUUGGAAUAUAUCAGAACUACAUGUGCGAAAUGUCAAAUGUCUUUAAUUCAACUCAAGAAAUCACAUCUGUGGCUGGUGAGCAUGUUAAUGGCAAAGGUAUUCCAGACGUAAAAGCAUUUUAUGUAAAAAGAGAAAGUUUGACAAAAUAUGUUCCAACGAAAGUUUGCAGCUUCUUGUACAAUAUUAACAUCAUGAAUAUCAAUGGAUACUUUUUGGUGGAAAUUAAUAAGAAUAUCUUUUUUGGAUGUCCAAAACUGAAUCAUAUUUCUAUUGAGAACAUUGAUUUAAAGGAAUUAGAUGAAGAUUUACUUGCCGAAGCUCCAUCAAUUGAGAAGUUUUCUCUGUCAUACACAAAAGUUGAAGUUUUAAAGAAAAACUUCUUCAAAAAUAAUCAAAAACUGAAAUGGGUUGUUUUGAGGACAAACAACUUUAAAAUCAUCGAAACUGAAUUUCCACCAACAAUUACGUAUCUCUCAAUUACGAAUAAUUUAUGUGUUAAUGGACAUUAUAUAUCAAUUAUGACUGAUGCAAUGACUUUAUCAGCAUUCGCUCAGAAAGUGUAUGAAAAAUGCAGUAACAGAACUAACGAGACAGAGACAAAAUUUAUGUCAUAUGAUGCAAUCAAAAGUAGAAUUAUUGACGAGCAGGCUAAGGAUCAUCGUGACAAGAUUAUGACAUUAUUUGAAGAGUUUCAAACAAUCAAUUUUAAGCUUAACUGGAAUAAACUAUCAAGUCUUCAAAACAGCUACAUUCAAGAUAGAAUAAAUAUCACAAAUGAGCUUAGAUCGACGCUAAAUAGACUUGAUAAAUUGCAAGCAUCAGCGAAGAAUCAAAUGGAAAUUGUCAUGCGAGUUACAAGUCUGAUAGAAAAAGAUUCAAAUGUCCUCGAGGAUGAACUUGAAAAGAAAAGUAAUGAGCUGCAAGAUAUCAACAUUGAAUUGCUCUCAAAAGUCAGUAACAUUUAUGUUGUCAUAAUUCUGCUAAUGUGUCUUCAAGUUUUAAUGGCAUCUGGCUUUGCAGUUUAUGGCUAUUACCAUCGUUACUAUUAGGUCAUCUAUAAUAUUUUUAAACAUAAAUUGUUAAUAAAUUUCAAUCUCAUCACAUGCAAUCAGAAAAACUUCACGCUUUCAAAGUGUUUCAAUAAACAAAAAAAAUAUUUAAUAGGAAAUUUAUUUUUAAUUAAUCAAAACAAGAUUAUAUGAGCCAAGAAUCAAUAAACGACUUUAGAUCAAUGGGAAAACAACAUGAUGGGAAACAGUUUUCUUGUUCACACAAAUUUUGCUUUUUUUUGAAUCUGUUGUGACGAUUCAGUUGCCCUCUUAACCUUAAUAUUGCACAUCAUUUGUAAAAUACUGUGGUUUGAAUAAAUUAAGAGAAUUCAUGCUAAACCAUUUUCCACUAUGUUGAUCUUCCAUUCAUAUAUGGUGUUUGCAAGAUUAUGCCAGGCUCGGAAACUAGGUAGUAUCCCGCCAAAUACCCCCAACUUCCAUACAAAUACCUCCAAAUACCCUCAAAUACCGCCUCUUAAUUAAAUACCGCCUAGUUUUUGAGCCUGGGGAUUAUUUAUAAUUCCCGAAUGGCACAAGUUUAUUAAUAGAUCAGAAAUCCGGCACCAAGCCAGUGAGACUCUGGAAUGGAUGCUAGAUUUAAAUUGAAGCCAGCACUAUGCCAGAGUCAUACCAGCUUAAUGCGGGAUUUUUAUUCGAUUAGCCGACUUGUGCCAUUCAGGAUUGAUAUGUAAUGAUUAUGGAUAAUUGAUGUCUUAAUAAGGGUGCGGAACUCAUUAAAUGAUAACAAAUUUUUUUGUCUCUGGCAUACAAUAUAAAUAAAAAUAAUAAUAAUAAUAAUAAAUGAUCAAAAAUGAUCAAAAAUUAAAAAAAUUAUCAGAUGUUUCUAACUUGUUGCAGAAAAUUGAAA